GGCGCGCCAUGGCGGCGGCGGCGGCGGCGGGGCUGUGGCGGGCGGAGGCUCCGCUGGGCCGGGGCUCGUCGGCCGCCGUGUACCGGGCGCGCUGCCUGGGAGACCCUCGCGCCCCGCCGGCCGCCCUCAAGGCGUUUCUGCCGCCCGCCCGCGGGGAGGAGGAGGCGGAGGCGGAGGGAGGCGGCGGCUACGGCUUCCGCAAGGAGCGCGCGGCGCUGGAGGAGCUGCGCGGCCACCGCAGCAUCGGUGAGAGCGCGCGGGGGGGGCGGGUUCCGGGGCUUGUGCAGAGAGCAGGAGCGGAGGCGAAAAGGGGCUUCCCUGGGAGACGCUCCCCGUCUGGGCUGGGCGGGGGUGGACUAAAUGACCCCUGGGACCCCCCCCCGCAGGGGCCUCGCGGCAGGAGGCGGGGGGGCUUUGCCCAAGGAGAGCCCCAGCCUGGGUCUCCCGCAGCCCGGCGCGCUCUCCGCCCCUUUCUGGGGCACAUCCUCCCCCGGGAGCAACCUGGUCUGCGGCAUCGCCCGCCAUGUGCUGGGACCAAACUCCAGAGCCCCUGGCGACCCGGAGCCGCAGGGCGGGUGUUGAGUGAUUCCGCAAAUGGGGAAGCAGCCAGGGGGGCUUAAUCCAGUGCCUGAUGAUGGUAUUAGUGAUUGAUCCUUUGACAGGAAAUACCUGCUUUGCCCUGCCCAUCUCCAGGGCCAGAAAGCUCCGAUUCAGUGCAUCCCAUUUUGCAAGGGAGCAGCCCCCGUGCUAAAGUUAAGCAGAUCUGAAUCUGACCCUUGUCCCAGGGGAGACCCCCCCCCACAUCACCUUGAGAUGCAUUGUGGAAGAAAUGCAGGAUAUAAAUCGGUUCACUAAAUAAUAUGGGUACAUGUGCACAGCAUGAGGAAUCACUUGGCCAGCUGAGAGGGGAAAGGAUGUCCCAAAUACAACAUGGUACUGAGGGUGAUGUCUGUAAGCAGUCCCCAACCUGUUGCCCUUCAUCAUCCCUGACCGUUGGCCUGUGAGAGUUGCAGUCCAAGUCACUGGGAGGUCAAGAGGCUGGGGAAGGCUGGCGCAAGUCUUGUUGAGUGUGUUCAUUUUGUCUGAAGCCUGAGUGGGAAACAGACAUGCUCAGUGGCUUAGAGCAUGGUGUGCUAAGACGCCAAGGCGGCAGGUUCGAUCCCCCUCUGGGACAGCCUUGCAGGGGGUUGGACUAGAUGAACCUCAGGCUCCCUUCCAGUGCUGCGAGUCUGUGAUUCUAAGACUCUUUUGUGUAACAUGCCUUGUUGCUUUGCUGAAGAGUGAUACUUAAAACUGCCCAACAAAUAAUAAAUGUGAGACUUACCACUGCAUCUCAAGGCAAUCUGAUUUGGCUUCUCACAGCUGCUGCCAGAGGUCAGCUGCAGAUUACCAUCACCUUACAGUAACUGCUUCUUAACCUCUUGCAAUGAGCAUGCAACCCUAUGGCUGUCUUUGUUGAGAGACAUAGAUGUUUACUACCAGGCCAGCCCCAGCCCCAGCCCCAGCCCCUCUUGCCCCCACACCGCCAGACAUACUGAUGGGAACUAUGUGACGGAUGGUUGGCUCUGCGCAUAACAGCAUAAAUCUACACCAAAUGGUCAAGUGUAGCCCCUGUACAGCACAGAGCAUGGCUGGUGGUAACUUACAAUGGGGCUUGGAGCAGAAGGAAACUGACUUGUUUCUGGGAACUGGUCCUGAGGAACAACCAGUGUUUCCAUCUAAAAUUCCAAAGGCAAGAAGAAUCACAACUAGGCAAUCCAUGAAGCGCAUUCAGGCAUCCACUGGAAAUGCUGCAGCUUGGCAUAUCAUACUUUGGCCAACAGCCGCAAUGAGUGAACCAAGUCUUGUUGCUGUGCUACAGGGGGAAAGAUCCGGAAAAUUGGGCCGCGGACAGGAAUUCAGCCAGACGGAUUUCCUUCUCAAAUGAUGCCAUAUUGGACCCAUGCAGAGUAUCCAGGGUGUUUGAAUUCAUUUCUGUACCCAUAUUGCCAACCAUGUUGGCAGUGACUUCCAUUGCAGUAGAACUCUGCAUGGAUCCAGACUAGAAUUUUAUUUGGUGCUACCUAAAGACUGUUUUGUUGUUGACCUUAUUUGUGCUGCAUCCAUUUUUCUUCGAUGGCCACAGAGUUGGGGUAAGGAUUCUCUUGAAGGUUAGAAGGUUAAUCCCCCAAAAGAAACAAGCGGCACUUGCCUAGCUCUGGAUUAAAUUAUACCCAGGCCCAGAUGCUCUAGGAAAAGUGCUGGAAACAACUGAAUCUUGUAUGUUCCAAAUGCGGCUUUUUGUGGAAAUCACUGCCUUAGCGCAGAACAGCUUCCAGGCACCAGUGGUCCCCCACCAAGUAACCCCUGCUGAUCUUUUUGGGGUGUUUUUCUACCUGCAGUGACUUUGUACGGUAUGUUCACCGACUACCCUUCUGCCCAAGGCCCGUUGUGCUGCCUCUUGUUGGAGUUGCUGGACAUCAGCGUGUCAGAGCUGCUGGCGCACUCCAGCCUGCAUGGCUGCUCCAUGUGGAUCACCCAGCACUGUGCGCGAGACGUCCUGGAAGGCCUUGCCUUCCUCCACCACAGAGGCUAUGUGCAUGCAGACCUGAAGCCGCGCAACAUCCUGUGGAGUGCGGAGGAGGAGGGCUUCAAGCUCAUUGACUUUGGACUCAGCUUCAAGGAGGGAAUUCAGGUUGGUCAAGUGCCAUUGGAACCUUUUAGGCAAAAAGGUAAUCAGAGAGGUGAGAUGACUGCAGAAAAUGCUGAAUGGCUUUGGGGCCCUUGUGCUGUGCACACUCACCCCACUUUUGCCUUUUCUAAAGGAGGUGACACACUUUCAGAAACCGGCAAAAAAUGCCGGUGUGUGCACUGUAGCAAAAGAAAACACUUUCAGCUGUAAAGAUAUCUUUGUCUAUGACCAGGAAAUGGUUCCAAAUUCUCUUUGGUUAAAAACUUCACCCUGUGUAUGUGUGUGUGCCCGUAGGGGGGUGGAGGGGGGUACAUGCAGUGCUUUUAUUAAAACGUAUCCUGAAAUCUUUACGGAAGGGAUUGCUACUAUUCUGCUCUGUGAGCAUUGUUGCAGAAUUGCUUGAGUACUUUGUACACAUUUAAAAGAAUGCUCUAGGCUGCUUAUUGCUCAAAGGCACUGCUUCCCAAACUUUGGUCGCCAGUUGCUUAUGGACUACAAUUCCCAUCAUCCCUGACUACUGGUCUUGCUAGCUAGCGAUGAUGGGAGUUCUAGUCCAAAAACAGCUGGAGAUCCAAGUUUGGGAAACACUGCUCUAAGCGGUGUGGCCCUGAGGUUUCCUGUUUCACACAGAAUCAUAGAAUGGUAGAGUUGGAAGGGACCCCGAGGCUCAUCCAGUCCAUCCCUUGCAGUUCCUACGCAUGUGUAGGAAGGGUUUGCCGCACAUGAGGUGAAUUCCUUUCUCCCAAGCAGUCUCAGAUGCACAUGGGACUCGUCCACAUUUCUGAUUGUCCCAUGCUUUCUAGGCAGGGGUCUGAGCCUGUCGCUUUCCCCCACAAAAAUCUGCUCUUAGCGCUACAUCAGAACAAACAGCAGUCCACGGAAAACCUAAUGGCUGUUUGUUCUGGUUCAGCACUAAAUGGUGAGUUUUCCCGGGGGAAAGCAUGAGGGCUGAUGGAAGACUGAGCCCUCGGGGCCGCAAGGGGGGGGGGACCAAGUUCUUGCUGCUUUCAGAAAUCUGCAGGAGGAGUGCUCCAGAGGUUUGGACGAGCCCCCAGUUAGCGUGGGUAGAACAAAUUGCUCCGCCCCCUGAGUGUGUGAAAAGUGCCUACCAAUUCCUCUGGUAGUGGAAGAGCAAAACUUCUGUAGUGCUCGGAUAUUUCCGCCUGGAAAUGGCACAAAUCAACAUUUAAACAUACACUGAGGUGGUUUUCCAGUGAGUUUCUUUUCAGAACCCCCUGAAACAUUUUAAACUUAAAUCACAGAACAGAUUUCCUAUGCAGCUGCUGAAUUUUUGCUUGUGAAUUUUUAUAUUUUGCUUCUAUAAAAAAGUUUCUUGACAAAUUCUUGGACUAGCAAAAGUUAAGCAUUUCCUUGUGGUAUCCUUUGGCUCUGCAUGAAGCAGCCUAGGUGGGCGAUUUCUCUGGACCACCAUAAAACAAACUAGUAUAAGGUUUCAAAUCCACUGCAGUGCUUUGUUAUGAUUUUAGACUUCUAAGCAAACGCUUCGUUCUCCCCAGGAUGUGAAGUACAUUCAGACGGACGGAUACCGCGCUCCGGAGGCUGAGGUGCAGAACCGCCUCUCCAAGGCGGGAGUGCAAGGCGGGACGGAAUGCACUUCUGCUAUCGAUCUCUGGAGUCUUGGCAUAGUAUUACUGGAGAUGUUUUCAGGAAUGAAACUAAAACAUACUGUCCAGUCUCAGGAAUGGAGGGUGAGGAGCUCUGCAGUAAUUUUGCAGAGAUAUCAGUUAGCUUUUGAGAUUUGCAGGCUUGGUGGAUCAGAGGAAUGCUUAAUAACUUCAGUUGGGCUUUUGACAAAGUCCCCCAGGAUAUUCUUGCAAGGAAGCUGGUAAAACGUGAGUUGAACGAGGUAACUGUCCGGUGGAUUUGUAGCUGGUUGAGCAAACCCAAAGAGUACACAUUAAUGGUUCCUUGUCAUCCUGGAAAUAAGGGAUAAGCAGAGUGCUGCAGGAUUCUGUCCUGGGCCCAUUGUUGUUCAACACCUUUAUAAAUGAGUUGGGUGAAAGAAUGGAAGGCAUGUGUGUCAAAUUUGAAGAGUACACCAAACUGAAAGGGGUGCAGAAGACAGAAUCAGAAUUCAAAAUGACCAUAACAGAUUGGAAAACUGGACCUAAACUAACAGAAUGAUUUUCAAAAGGGACAAAUGUAAGGUUCUGCACUUAGGCAGGAAGAACCAGAUGCACAAAUAUAGGAUGGGGGACACCUGGCUUACUAGCAGUACGUGCGAAAGGAAUCUAGGGGUCCUCUAUAAAAAUAAUUUAUUAUUUAUACCUCACCCAUCUGGCUGGUUUCCCCAGCCCCUCUUAGUAAACCAUAAGCUUAACAUGAGUCAGCAGUGUGAUGCAGCAGCAAAGAAAGCUAACACUAUUCUAGGCUGCAUCAACAGAAGUUGAGUGCCCAGAUCAAGGGAAAUAAUAGUACCACUCAAUUCUGCCUUGAUCAGAUCACACCUCAUCUUUGAUGGCAAUUUCUCUUUGGGAGUUUUGAAACUCCUCUUUGAAGAAGACAGCACCUUACAUGGCUUGAAUUUGCCUUGCUGGAUAGAUAAAAUACUGAAUGUUGCAGCUUUCCUGAUGGGAGCCAGUACCUUAACAGUCUGUGAAAUAAGCAAUCAUUUGCUUGGGGAGGAGCGGAGGUGACACGAGCUGACAUUAGCGCAUGUCAUAGGAAUGUAAUAAGCUGCCAGCUGAGGCCACAGAUCCUUCAGAUUCAAUAUUGUCGUCACGGACAGGCAGCUGCUUUCUGGGAUUUAAGGCAGCCUUCUUCCCCGGCCCUCCCUGGCGAUGCCAGAGCUGCACCUCCGAGCCAUGAGCUUUUCCUGUAAUGUAGGGUUUAUAUAAUAGCCUUGCUAUAAAGUUACUGUUUGCACAACCCUUCGUCCCUUCCAUGGGUACCUUUGCAGUCUCCCAACACGGUGACUGCAGCUUCUCACAGUCCUCAGCCAGGUGUGUUGUACCUUCUUUCAGGGGAGAGAUAGGAUAUCCCUACCCACUAGCACAAUCAUAGGUCUGGAGCAUCCUCAGGCCUCCAUCCCCACAACGCAGAUCCCAGUGCAUCUCUCCCAGAGAGCCGGAGUGAAGAAUGGGAGGCGCCUCAAAGGCACCUGGGUGGUGUUAGCAAGUGAUGUGAGCUUUAGUGGAAGAAAGGAAGAAAAGUCCAACCCAGCAGGGUACCUGAUCUGCCUCUAAAGUCAGCAGAUGAAAGAUACUUCUACACUCCCAACUUGGAACAGCCCAGGGCAUGUGGUGUUGGUGGCCGAGUACAAGCACAAGGGGGGCUCUAAUCCCUGGUGCAGAUCGCUGAAGAGAAGGGAGGAGCAUCAACUAAUUUUAGGAAUGGGUAGAAUUGCCCUGGUUUGCUUUGUGUCAAUACUGAACCCACCAUGGAAUAGGUGUUAUGGAGCAAUUUACUGCAGCAGGCUUAAUGGGGGGGGGGGGGGCUUACAGCAGUAGCUGGCUCUGCUACAACCUCAGGGAACUCUGUUCAGAUUGUUCAGAGUAAAUACAAGAUGGGUUGGGGGUUUUUUCCUUCUAAGAGAUUUUCUUCCCACCUCUUCUUCUUAGGCAAAUAGUUCUGCCAUUAUUGAGCACAUUUUCGCCAGCAAAAGUGUAGUGAAUUCUGCCAUCCCUGCCUAUCACCUCAGAGACCUCCUCAAAAGGUAUGUUGCCUGUUAGCUUCUGCAAUGUUUUCUUCCUCGGGGGUUUUGCCCUGCCGCUCUAGCUCAGCCUCUGGAUUUAGUCAAACAAAGGGGGAGUUCCAUUGUUAUCUACGAAGGCUUUUGAACAAGAGGGACUUUCUGCCUCUGGUGACUCUCCCUUAACCUCAGCAAUGCUUCACAUAAUAAAUAGGAUUGUUAGGUCCCAGCCCCAGCUUUUCAUCUCGGGCUUCCUUAAUAUGGCAGAUACAAAACCAGCAUUUGCCUCCCAUAAGGGCCCUUAAGUGUUUCAUCACUUAAUGGAUGCUAAAAUCACUACCGCUUAUGUGAAUGGAAAAUGGUUGUUAAAAGGCAGCGGCUGGGCAAAGUCUUGCUCGGGAUGUGGCAGAGAUAGUAGAUAGUAACCAGGCUAAGGUAUGCCAAAAUACCAUAUAAUUUAUUUUGUAUCAUAUCAGCCCUCAUUUUUUGUCAUUCACCUACAGUUUACUUAAUACUUUUCAGUUGCUGUGGAGAGCAGCAAAUAAUUGCUAGCUCAGGCAAUGUGUAUUUGCAACUUUCCCCUUUCAGUCAAGUCUUUUAAAUAAUAAUAAUAAUUUUUAUUUAUACCCCGCCCUCCCCAGCCAAGGCGGCUUACAAGCAAUAAUAAAAACAAAUUGAAUGAUUACAACUUAAAAACAAAAUUAAAAUACAACAUUAAAAUAUGGAAACAUUAAAAUAUUAAAAUGUAGCCUCAUCGCAGGAGGAGAAGGAAAGGAAAAAAGAAAGAAGGGAGGGAAUCAAAUUGGCUCCAAGCCAAAGGCCAGGCGGAACAACUCUGUCUUACAGGCCCUGCGGAAAGAAAUCAGAUCCUGCAGGGCCCUGGUCUCAUGAGGCAGAGCGUUCCACCAGGCUGGAGCCAGAGUUGAAAAGGCCCUGGCUCCGGUUGAAGCCAAUCUAACUUCCUUAGGGCCCGGGACCACUAGGGUGUUGCUAUUUAUGGACCUUGAGGCUCUCUGUGGGGCAUACCAGGAGAGGCGGUCCCGUAGGUACGAGGGUCCUAGGCCGUGAAGGGCUUUAAAGGUCAAAAGCAGCACCUUAAAUCUGACCCUGUACUCUACCAGGAGCCAGUGCAGUUUGAAAAGCACUGGGUGAAUAUGCUCCCAUGGCAGAGACCCUGUGAGGAGCCUCGCUGCAGCAUUCUGCACCCUCUGGAGUUUCUGGGUCAGCUUCAAGGGCAGCCCCGUGUAGAGCGAAUUACAGUAGUCAAGCCUGGAGAUGACCGUCGCAUGGAUCACUGUGGCCAGGUCGGGGCGGGAAAGGUAAGGGACCAACUGCUUGAUGCGGCGAAGGUGGAAAAAUGUCGCCUUGGCUGUUGCUGUAACUUGCGCCUCCAUGGAAAGGGAGGCGUCAAGGAUUACACCCAAACUCUUAACGGAAGGCAAUGGCACUAAUUGGGCCCCCGCAAGAGAAGGGAGUUGGUCCCUCAUCCCCAUGCCAUCCCGACCCAGCCAUAGGACCUCUGUCUUCGAAGGAUUUAGUUUCAAUCGGCUCCCACGAAACCAUCCAGCCACAGCUUCCAAGCAUCUGGUCAGUGUGUUCGGGGCCAAGUCGGUGUGGCCAUCCAUCAGCAGAUAGAGCUGAGUGUCAUCAGCAUAUUGGUGACAGCCCAGCCCAAAGCUCCGGAUAAUCUGGGCAAGGGGGCGCAUAAAGAUGUUAAAAAGCAUUGGGGAGAGAAUUGCGCCCUGCGGCACUCCACAUACCAAGGAAUGGCGCGACGACAUUUCCCUCCCUAGUGCCACCCUCUGUCCCCGACCAGAGAUAAAAGAGCACAGCCAGUUACGGGCUAUGCCCUGUAUCCCCAUGUCUGCGAGGCGGUGGUCCAGAAGAUCAUGAUCGACCAUGUCAAAGGCUGCUGACAAAUCUAAAAGGAUCAGCAGUCCUGACCCGCCUCAAUCCAGUUGUCUACGGAGAUCAUCUGUGAGGGCAACCAGAGCUGUCUCGGUCCCAAAACCAGGACGGAAACCAGACUGAAAUGGAUCUAAAGCCGAUGUUUCCUCCAGAAACCUACCAAGCUCUUCAGCAACUGCUCUCUCGAUUACCUUACCCAGAUAUGGAAGAUUUGAAACUGGGCGGUAAUUGGAUAGGUCUAAGGGAUCCAAUGAAGUUUUCUUUAAGAGCGGACACACUACUGCUUCCUUCAGUUCCCCUGGGAAUGUCCCCGUGUCAAGGGACAAAUUGAUAAUUUCAACCAGGGGGGUCCGCGCAACAUCUGGACACUCCCUAAUCAGCCAAGACGGGCACGGAUCAAGGAGGCAGGUGGUGGGCCUACCAACUUGGAGGAAUCUAUCCACAUCAGUAGGGAGUAUCCGAUCGAAAUGGUCCAACACUGGACCUGAAGUCAGUUGAGGGGCCUCCUGUUCAGUCACUGUAUCUAAAUUGGCAGGGAGGUCACGGCGGAGCAACAGGACUUUCUCCGCAAAAAAGCUCGCGAAUGCCUCACAGCUGUGGGUCGAAUUUGUGCUUAAAUUUGGUUGUCCUCCUAAGGACGUUAUUGACCUAAUUAUUCUAAAAAGUUGUGCCGGGCGAGAGCUAGUGGAUGCAAUGGAAGCUGCAAAGUAAGAUUUCUUAGCAGCUUUCAUAGCCAUCUCAUAGGCUUUCAUAAGCGUCCUAUAAGAUGUUCUUGAGGCUCCGUCAUGAGUCCGUCGCCAUACUCGCUCUAGCCGUCUGAGAUCCCGCUUCAUUUUCCGGAGCUCCUCAGUAAACCAAGGGGCCCGGUUUCGAUGGGGUCGCAGAGGGCGCUUAGGCGCGAUCUCAUCAAUGGCUGCCAAGAGCCGGUUAUUCCAGUCCUCAACAAGGUCAUCUAAUGAGUCGCCAGGAGGAGCAGGGUCCCGCAAGGCCUAACGGAAUCUAUCCGGAUCCAUCAGCCUUCGCGGGCGAGCCCAAAUAGGUUCGGCACCCGAGCCGGGGAGGAGCGGGAAGUCAAUCUUGGCUUUCAGAGCAUAGUGAUCAGACCAUGGCACUUCCACAGGGGGGAGCAUGAUCACAUCUAUGCCAGCCCCAAAGAUCAGAUCCAGCGUGUGGCCUGCUUGAUGAGUGGGGCCCAAAACAAACUGGGAGAGCCCUAGUGUUGCCAUGGAAGUAACUAGGUCCAGAGCCUGUGAGGAGGGAGCGGCAUCGGCAUGGGCGUUGAAGUCUCCCAAAACCAGUAGGUUUGGGAACUCCAAGGCCCAGCCCACUGCCACCUCCAGCAGGUCUGACAGGGUGGCUGCCGGUGUGCUGGGUGGUCGGUACACCAGCCAGACAGCCAAGCUCUCCUUGGUGCCCCACACGAGACCAACACAUUCAAUGCCGGAGAUCGCCGGUGAUGGCAGAGCUCUGAAAGAGCAAUCCUCCCGGAUUAACAACGCUACUCCUCCCCCCCAACCCACAGUCCGCGAUUGAUGAAGGACAGAGAAACCUGGGGGUGUUAGCUCAUGUAGGGAGACUACUUCGCCUUCCCGUACCCAGGUCUCUGUCACGCAAGCCAGGUCAAUCCCCUUCGAGACAAAAAAGUCACGCAUGGUGGCGGUUUUGUUGCCUAUGGACCUGGCAUUGCACAGCACCAAUGACGGAGGUGGGUAAUCCUUGCUCUCCCUACCCUUAUCCCUUGGGAUGGGGCGUAGAUUGGAAGGGGUUCAAGGAUCAAUGCAUCUCGAAACCCUUCACCGAUAGAGAUAUCCAGCCCCACCGCCAUUCCUCCCUCUAAAUAAGUAAGAUGAAGGUUUAAAAAAAGUAACCAGGGGUCAAAGCCCCACACAAAUUAGGAAAUUGUGCAAUAGAUUCAUGAAACAGUCAUCCUUGUGUAAAUAGGACUAGCUAGAAGGUUUCACCAGUAGAUUGAUUAAUGAGACCAAAUUGUGUUUGGUGGAGCUGUGAAUUUGCAGUCUGCUUGUUUGGUUUUUUGAGACUAUUUUGGUAAUAAUAUUUAUGGGAAAUAAAAUACUAAAGAUGAGCUUUCUUUCCAGCAACAUGUAGUAAGUUACCUAAUUUGCAGGUGGGGGAGAUCAUGAUUAUUCAUUCUCCUUGGCAUAACUCAGUAUGGAGAAUCUACGUCCUGGGGAGAACCAGUGGCAUGGCCAUUCAUCUUCAAAAGAGAAAGGCAGGAGAAAUGUAUAUGUUGCUUUGUGUUCCAGUAGCACACUUCCACAGAAUGGCACUCAAGGGAACCUGCAGUGCAGCCCAAAUAAAAUUACUAGCAAAUGACCACUGAAAUACAUAAUAAGGUUUAUAAAACCAGCAUCACCAUAAAGCCAUAGAAUUGGAACAGUGAAAGCUGUGGUGUCAUGCUUUCUCCAGAACCUGGUGGGCUUUUGCUAUUCUUCUAGAAAUCAGCUUGGAUGCAGCUUGAAUGGUCUCCCUGUGGGGAGCAUCUCUGCAACUUGCUUGUACAACAAAGACUCCUUUUUGCUUUCCAGCAUGCUUCGCGAGGACCCACAGGAAAGAGCCACUGCAGCAAAGGCCUUGUGCAGCCCCUUCUUCAGCAUUCCUUUUGGUAGGGUGUAUAACGUAUUUCAUUUCUCUGGCCACAAAUAACGCUUGCCUAACUGGCCCUGACCCUGUUCAUUUCAUUUUGAGAAUUUCUAUCCAUUCUCUGCAUCAAGUUUAAGCUGGUUAACAUCUUAAAAACAACAUUUGUCCUUAAGAGGGACCCUCUGGGCAUCUUGUGGACUCCUAAGGGAAUGUUUUCAAUUAACGUUUCCUCCUUUCACACUUCUCCCGUGUGCCAUUUGAAAUGUCUGAUUCGGGCUUAGCCCCAUUUCACGGAUGUCUGAACCCAAGGGAUAAACUUUAGGGAAUUUGCAAGGGAUAAACUUUUUAACUCUCUUUGAGAAUAGGAUUGAGUAGGUUGUAGCAACUUGCAUCGAACCAUUUCUAAUUUCUCUUUGAUAUAAUGAUUACCUUACAUUGCUUUAACAGCCCCCCAUAUUGAAGAUCUGGUGAUGCUUCCAACUCCAGUGCUAAGACUGCUAAAUAUUUUGAGUGAUACCUCUCUCCAAAAUGAAGAAGAAUUUGCAGGUUGGUACAUCUUGAUGUAGCUCCUUAUCCUUCAGCACGCUACAGAACCUACUAGGAAGGGGGAUGGCUUGAGAUGCACUGGAAGUGGGAAAGGCAACUAUUUCCGAGAGCUGCCCUGGGCAGAGAGAGGAAGAAAAUUAUCCUGCUUCAAGCUAGGCGUGAUCCAAAUUUAGGCAGAGCCAGUAACCUCCAAGCAAAAAUGUUUAAAGAAUUAUUGCAUAACAAAAGUAAAUAUGUGUGCAAUAUUUUGAAUAAAAUGGUCUCUAGAAGAGUAGCGCUUGCAGGUUGAUGUUACAGAUUCCCACCCCACCUUGGUAUUAUUAUUAUUAUUAUUAUUAUUUAUUUACUUAUACCCUGCCUGUCUGACAUGGUUGCCCCAGCCACUCUGGGUGGCUUCCAACAUAAUAACAACACAGAAAAACAUUCCACGUUAAAAACUUCCCGAUACUUCUCUGUUUGACAUCUGAUGGGAAGGCUUUCCACAGGACGGGUACCACUACCGAGAAGGCCCUCUGCCUGGUUUCCUGCAGUUGCACGGAAGAGAGGGAGGCUUGUGUGUACUGACAUCCUCCCCACCUGCAGAUUCUCCCCUCUGUAGCUCUGGAGCCUGAGGAAGCGGGUGAAGGAUGAAUUACCUUGAAGGGGGCUUGUAAGGGAGAAUCAGUGGAUGCGGGAAGGCUAAGCACCUUCCUACUCCCACCCAAACCACUGUUGUGCUUGGAAAAAUUGUGGCUCCUUUUGUGUCAGUAGCAGAAAAUACUGAGUACAAGAGACAAACUGAAAGAGAGAUAACUACCGUUGGUUCCCAUAACCCUUCUGUGUUGUCUACAUUUAUGGGGGGGCGUGAUCCGCUCUACAUAUUACUGACGUCUGUUACAGAAAGAGCGGAGAACCUCUGGCAUGUGGGACAGUCUUGGAGUUCCAGUUUGACCUGCAAGGUCCUUUCCCCCACCCACCCACCCACCCACCAGCUGAUGUCACUAUGUGAUCCUGUUCCCAGCAGUGCACACGAUCAUGCAGCCAAGGCAGCAGGAUUUAAUCCCUGUGUGUCAGCAGAGCAGGGACUGAAUCCCUGUGCAAAAGCAGGCUGUGCAAUAGCUUGCACCUGCAGGCUGCUUCAGAGAGGCUUUUGCAAAGGCUUUCAAACAGUUCCUGUGAUCUUGAUAUUGGAAGCUUAAAGGGGAAGCAUGGGGAGAGUUGGAAGCACUUUCUUCUUGUGCUCCCUUUUUAAAACCUUCAAGGUUGGGGACUUAAAAGCCAGUGCAGGGAGACUUGCAAAAUGCAAGGGAUUUUGACAGGCAGGUGGCCCCAUGUGCAUGUCAGUCAUGUGGCAUCAUAAUUUGGCCCUGAUAAGGACCUGGUGCACAGAGUCCAGAAGGUUCCCCACCCCUCCCCUAAACCAUUUUGAAGACUGAACCAACUGCUGUUUGUGCGGUUUUUUAAAAAGUCUCCACAGCUAGUCAUUUUCAGUAGAAUAAGGGAAGGGGACAUGUGGUGCUUGUGGCAGCGUCUAGGCCCCACACAGUGACUCUGUUUGUUUUGUUUAACUUCUAAGACCACCAUUAUGUUCCGGUCACUUGAGCAACUGAGCAAAAAUGCAUAGGAGGGAGCUGCUCAUCUGAGUUUCAUCCUGAAGUGGCAAGCCUGAGAAUGCUCGAAAGCAAGCCUAGGCACAAUUCUUGGCCUUGAAAAAGUGUAUUCCUUGGUGCCUCAGGGUUCCCUAGCUCUAAAAUGGGACCAGGAUGCUGAUCAGGAAUGCUGACACAGCAUGCUGCCCCUUAAAAAUUGCCACUGAACCCAGAACUAACUGUGAUUGACCCAGUGACUAACUUGGAGCUUCUCUCUGUGGCGCCAUGGACCUCGCUUGGGAAAUAAGAGUAUUUUUCAAUAAUAAGUUUUAUUAGUUUUCAGUUUCAACAAUCCAAUAAUAGCCUCAUUAUAACAAUGCCAAAUUAUAAUACAAUUAAUAAUACCAGUCAUUGAGAUGCCAAAUUAUACAAUUUAGGUGCCCCCCUGCCUCCUGCAUACUAGAAUUGAUGGUUUGAUUAUUUAUUUUGUUUCUUCAUUCCAAAAUUUUAUAAAUUUCAGUUACACUCCAGUCAAAAUACCAAUACCUUAUAUCGCAACUGCAGUUUUAACAACUUCCAUUCGUAUUGACACAUUAAAUGAUUUCUACACCUACAGGUGAAGCAUCCUUCCUGUGUGUGGCAAUUAUUCUGUCCAUGGUGCUUCUUCUUGUCCUUGUAAUAUAUUAGGUUUAUCUUUUGUCAAUUGUUGCUGUUCUCCAGCAUGCCUUGGAUGGCGCUAAUGUCCCAUUAUUGUUUCAGAAGUUCUCCAUUGUUCUGUCCCUGGUUCAUUGUUUUGCAGCUACAAAAGUCACACUUUCCCAAUAAAUUUCUCUAAGCCUGGGAAGGAGAGCAAGCUGUCAAACUUCAAAUAACUCAAUAAUGAACCUUUUCAACCCUUGGCAAGCUUGCAGUUUUCUCUCAUCCCUCCGUCCAGCGGAACAUAAGCGAUUACGCUUCCAAUUAAAUUAAAUUCCAAGCCCCUUUAGCAUUAUUCAGUACAGUCUAAGGAUAAUAGGGAGUUGGGAAGAAUCAGCUCUGAGUUUCCAUCAUAAACCUUUUGCAAAAUAGAACUCUCCCUUUUCCCAAUUUUUCAUUUUUGUUUUACACACACAAUUCCAUUUAAUGUUAUAUUCCAUAUCUGCAAUCCAUUUUUCACCCUCAUCAUCUGAAUAUCCAUAAUUUAAACUACCAUUUCAAGGGAGGGUUGCCAAAUCAUAUAUGUAGAGAAUAACACUUUAUAUAAGGAAACCACGGGCUUCCCUCCCCCCACACCGUCUUUCAUACCAAAUGAAGUCUUUCAAAUUCAAACUUUAACAACCUUGCAGCUGCUUCGAUUCCACAGUUUAUGAUCUCAUUUCUUCUGGCACACAUCUCUACAUUAGUCCAGAUUAAACUCUGAUUAACAGGACAACCUCUGCUUCUUAAUGGCAGCGUAGGGGGGUUAUCAGUAGGCAAAGUGCUUUUGCACUCAGCACCUCAUGCCUCCCACAAUCCAUGCUGGAGCGAGAGCCAGGUACCAAGACGAACUGCGAGUGAAGCCCAUCCCCCCCCCCGUCCCUGGGGAGAAUUUGCAAGGGAUAAUUAACCUCAAUCAUCCUUGUUUUUACUUCGCCAACAAUCUCCUGCUGUCGUGGGAGCUUUCUUCAUUAAGGCAGACCGGAACCAGAAGCCAGGAAAUAAGAGUUUUAAUUGCCUGCCCUUGAUUAGGUCUUUGUCCAGCUCUGCUGGCCAUUGUGGGCAGGGUGGUGGUGUCAGCCUCAGAUUUCCUGGUUAGAUUUCUGCUUGUCUUGUAGUAAGUUUCUCCAGUGUGCAGCUCAUGGCAAUUGGCCGCCUGUGCCACCAUUUGGGGCCUUACUCUGGUGGAUGGAUCUCUGGAUUCUAGUAAAAGCACAAAGCUGAGGUCUGCCUGCCCCUAAGGUCUAGAAUACUUACUAAGUGCUGGGGUAGCGUUUAAGACAGAUGUCCAGGCACUCAGGCUUGCCCCACUAGUGCCAUAAGCCCUUCUCCUCCAUGCUGCAUGGAAGAGCAGGUUGUACUUGCUUAGAAUAUGGACUUAGGCAGUUUAAUGAUAUUCUGGCUGACUCACAUAGAUAGUUCAAUCGAUCAAUCUUUAUUACGGUCCAGAGACCCAACAAAUCGUUACAAAGCAAUGCACAAUUCAGACAGCCUACCUCCAGGUUAAACAAGCAUUUUGCUCAGACUUAAAGAUAGGGAUCAUUGGUUCUUGCAACCACCGAUAAAAACUUUGCCACUGCUAAUUUUCUAGCGUUUGUCCGGUCUUCCAAUAGGAACCUGACAUAAUGAGCCUCUGAUUUUCCUGGGAAAGGUACCAGCAAGGGUAAUAUCAGUUCAGCCCUGGCUUGCUCAUAUUUCGCACAGUGCAGCAAAAUAUGUUUUAUAGAAUCGAUGUCUUGGGCACAUGAGCAAAGUCUGUCCUGGUAGGGAGCUCCUCUCCACCUGCCAUCCAACACUGCAGAAGGAAAGACGUUUAGUCUGGCUUUGGUGAAUAACCUUCAAUAAUUUGGUACUGUCAGGUUUUUAAUGUAAGGCGUUAACUUAAAGACAUGCCCAUAUUGUACUCCUACUGCCAGCAGACUACAGACUACGUGUGAUCGAGAUCGCAAGUCACUAUGUGCAUUAUCCCAUAAUCUUUGCUUUAGCAUCUUUACACUACACUUGAUCUUAGCCAAAAGGCCGAGAAGCUUUAGCAUCUUUAGGACACCUUCAUAACCCAGGUAAUAAAGUUGGGGGGCGGGUGACAGACCAGUAGAGGUGGCUUUUCUAGGCAUGGUUUUCUGCCAUUUGGUGAGAAACUCCUCAUUGGUCAGGUGUUGGUAUAAACCCUUUCCCUAGAUCAAAUACUGAAAUCCUGAGCCAAUGUUUUAGGGCAGCCCACCACACUUUAGUUGAAAUUGGGUAUUCACCAGCGUCUAACAGAAGUAUGGCGUUGGAGACACAGUUGGGUACCUACAGCAGAGAUCAUAGAAAUUUUGCCUUAAAGCCAUCUAGCUUUGGCAGGUCCCCAUUAUGCCAGACAUUUGCAGUGUACAGGAGUUGGGAAACGGAUUUUGCAUUGAAAACCCUUAAGGCUGCUGGAACAUAUUUGCUGCCCUUUGUGAAAAAGAAUCUGACUAUGGCUAGCUUUGUGAUCUCCGCCUUUUGAAGGGAGGUUUGCCAGUGGUGCUUCCAAGAUCCUGUAUGAUGGAAUGUGAGCCCUAGAUAACUGAAGUAUUUAAUCUGUUCAAGGUUAUGGCCAUCCAGCACCCAUUUAGACCGGGAGAAGCUUCUUUUGAAUACUAAAAUUUUAGAUUUUUCAUAAUUAAUGGAUAAACCAUUUCCAGAACAGUAAUAAGAAAACUUCCUCAGCAGAUAUUUCAAACCCAGUCUGGAACGUGAGAUGAUGGUUGUGUCAUCCACAUAUAACAACAAAGGGGGUCCUUCUCAUUCCUAUUUUUGGAAGGUGUCCAUCUGGGUCCAUUAAGCCCUCUUCUAGUGUGGGGGCCAAAAUGCAUCCCUGUCUCAACCCCCCCAUGUCAUCUCAAUACUGUUUGAUAACUGUCCCUGCCGACCACAUCGGACCUGCAGUUUGAUUCCAUUGUACAGGGCUUUUAUAAGAAAGAGGAGUCAUUUGUCCUGCAAAAUCAGGUUUAAUUUGGACCAUAGCUGGGAUCUGGGGAUGGAAUCAAACGCUGAUUUCAGAUCUAUGAAGGCUACAAAGAGCUUACCCUGUAGAGGCCUGGUAUACUUCUCGGCUAGGAAGGACAGCACUAGACACUAGGUCUGAUGUUGAAUGGUUCUCACGAAAGGCUGCCUGGGCUUCAGAUAGUAUAUUAUGUUCAUUUAGAAAAGUUGUCAAUUUGUUACUGAGAAAUUGGGCAUACAGCUUCCCAAUUAUUGAAAGCAGGCUAAUUGGCCUAUAAUUGGAGGGUACGUUUGGGUGGCCUCUCUUAAAGAUUGGGACUACUAUAGCAUGUUUCUGGCUAUAUGGUACUUUGCCCAAGUUAUUUACUACCGUAAAAAGUGCUGCCAGAAGCGGAGCCCACCAGUGCUGGUUUGAUGUGAUCAAUUUCAGGGAUAAAGACUUUCCCUGGAGUCUUUCUGCUCUUCAGAUUCCCAAUUAAUGUAUAGACUUCCUCCAUAGUAACCGGCCUCCGCUGAGGGAGCAGUGACAAUUCUGCCCUGUCAUCAUCCUGGAAGCUGGAAGGGAGGUUUGGAUUUUCCAUAAAUAUAUUUCUGAAGUGGUUCUCCCAAACCUGAGCUGGAAUGGCACAGCUGGGGGCUGAAGAGCUAUUUUUCAUUGAGUCGGAGACCAGUUGCCAAAAGAGUCUAGUUUCAUUGUUUAGUGAGGCAUUCAAUAGCAGGGACCAGGAAUUUUGUUUGGACUGCCUUUUUUUUGAGGCCAAAAGGGCUUUAUACUCUUUUUAAAAUUUUGAAAUAAGAUGGAGGUAAGUAAUUUAGUCCAGCAUUUCUAUAGGCCAAAUAAGUGUUCCUUAAGGCUUCCUUCUUUGUACGGCACUCUUGGUCAAACCAACCGUGCCCUUUUGCAGUGCGGGGCUUGCCGGCUGAGUUUAUGUUGACAGAGACCACAUCCUGCAAGGACUCAAUGAGAUUUUCGUAAGCCAUCAGGGAGGAAUCUAUUGAUAAAUUGUUUAUUAUAAUUGAUCCUAAUUGCAGUUUCUGAAUUCAAUCUAUUCUCAACUGCAAUUGCUAUCUGAGGUGUCCGUUUUUUUCUGCACAAUGCUGGAUCAUUUGCUUUAUCUAUUUCCUCGUGUUCUAUGUCAAGCCUGGACAUAACUUGUUGACCCCUAUAUGUUAUGAAACAUGCAAUUUGUGGCGAAAAAAUAUGUUAUUGAUUAUGUUUGUUUGUUUGUUUGUUUGUUUAUUGCCCUUCCUUCAAGCAGCUUAGGUAAGUGGCUUAGUCUUGCAAGAACCUUGCAAGAACCUUGUGCAGCAGUUGCUCUGGAGGCAAGCAGGCAUUCUGCAAACAGGAUUCCUGGGUCCUUCUGUGCCAGUCUAUCCAAUAUGCUACGCUGGGUCUUUGCUAUUUAUUUUCAGUUGUCUUCUCAAUUCCACAGAUAUCGUGGAUGACAUAAGAGAAGAAUGUUGCAAAUAUGGACGGGUCGUGUCCCUGUUUGUUCCGAAGGAAAAUCCAGGCAAAGGCCAUGUAAGUACUUGGGCAGUCAAGAUUUGAGUGUAUGUUUCAUCUUUGAGGUUUUGGUCUAAGGCUGCACUGACCUCUCCUUUUACAAUGACAGCUGAGUGAGGCACAUACUGAGGUUUCCUGAUACAACUCCUGCCUUCUGUCUUGCAUAGAGAGAAUGAUUCUCUUAUAAAUGGAAGCAGGUUUUUUUUAAAAAUAAUAAUCAGAUUUUGUGUGUGUGUGUGUUUGCAUUUGUCUUUCUGGGAAUCUUGGAAUACUUUACUGCUUGUAUAUAUCUCUAAAAUAAAAUUGUAUACUAUUGCAUUUCAGACUUGGAGACAGGAUUUUAAUAGCAUUAUCUAUUAAUGCAGUAUGCCUCUGAAAUGCCACACGAUUAAGACUAUAAAACAAUAGAAAUGCACCUCCAUUUAAGUUUUUCAAUAUUACCUUCUAUACUUUAUCCAGAGAUUCUGGUAACAUCUUCUAGUGUUAUAUUUUGUCUUUUAAAAAUCACACUACUGUAGUGUACCACACUUAACAUUUUGCAGAAUUAAAUCAUUUUACAAUCUUUUCUUAUCAAAUAAAUGUAUACCAUUUUAAUGUAUUUUUCUCCUUAGUAUUUAACAAAGGUAAUCUACCAGUUUCUGGGAGGUGUCUUGCCUGUCCUGGAAAGCAAGAGUGCAAGGGGGCAAAGGAGAUUGACAUUCCUCCUGCUUCUUUUCAGGUCUUUGUUGAGUAUGCAAAUGCUGCGGAUUCAAAAGCUGCCCAACGAGCCCUGACUGGGAAGAGUUUUGACGGCAAGUUUGUUGUGGCGACAUUUUACCCACUGAGUGCCUAUAAGCGAGGGUAUCUUUACCAAACCAUGCUUUAGUCUGCGGCAGCGGUCAGGAGAGACGCACGUAUCCAAAGCUGCCUUGCUUUGCCAAAGUAUUUUCCAGAGACGAACUCCAUCUGUACUCCUCCUUUCUCAUUCUGUGGUUGGCAAGAAAAAGGCCCAGGUGUUUCUGUUUUGUUGCAAUGAAAUCAGCCUCCUUCUUGCCUUUGAUUUACUCUACAGUAACCAAAAUGCUGUGAAAUGGAUGUUGGAGACUGAAGGUGAAGAAGAAUUCAGUGGGAAAGAAAUAGAGGCACAUGGCAGUGUUGGGGGUUAUGGCACCGAACUUAGAGAUGCCAAGCAUUGAAUGGUGUCUGAAAGAGUCCGUGAAGCAACUCCGGAGUUCCUUGUGCCACAAGCAGAGAAGCAGCAGAAUGUGCCAUGGAGGACAUGCAUUCGGAUGAGGCUUUUAAUCUGCCUUCAAACAAUUUUAUGGGGAGAACAGAUAACAUUGUCAGCCCAUUGUACUCCUCCCAUAUUUCCCCAGCACUUCCUCCUCCUUGUCUUCUUACCUCAGAAAGUCUGUUAAGGAGGGGAAAGUGGAGCAGGAGUGGAGGGGGCAAUGGGUGCCAUUUUGAGGCGUUCCUCCUUUCUCUAUUGUUUCCAGUUUCAGAGACUUUCCAAGUCCCUUCCCUUGAUCUGAGGGCUCUCCACCUUAAUUAAUUGCUUCUUGGAAAGAGGUUUUCCCAACCCACACCCUUCAGUUGGCUAUUUAAUCAAUAAGUUACACUGGAAACAGUAGCACUUGCUUUAAUGUAGAAAUGUUUCUAGCUCUAGUCCUGUAAGGCUGCCGCCUUCUAGCUGUGUGCUGCAAGCACUGCUCUUCUUUUCACAAUUUUACUAUGGCCAAAUAGUGAAAGUAACAAGCAGGAGAAAUCAAGCUGGCAAGCUCUCUAGCCUGGUUGUGAAACUGGCUGUUUGAUAAAGAUCAGAUUGUGAAACUGGUUAGUCUGCAGAGGGGGCAUUUUCAAGCAAAGUCCACAGGACUUUCAGUCCAAUUUGUAGCUGUGUUUAUUCAGAAGUAAGCUUAGCUGCAAACCUCUUGCCCUGUGCUACUGGAACUCUUUUUAAAAGCAACUGCUUUUUCAAAAACUUUGCAAUUGUGUUAUUUAGAAAACGGUAGAAAAAACCCACAGAAAGUGAUGUGCUAAAAUGGCACAGAGAUGCAAGCACCUCAGAAUGUUAGGAGAAGGGUUUGGUGGCCACUGGUGAGGACAGGGAAAGGCAAAGGAACAACACCGCCCACCCUAGGGAUGGAACAUAACAAGAUCUACACACCCAAAAGAGCACAAAGCCUGACACAUCUAGUGGGUGGCCAACUGCAAUGUCACUUGUAUCUUAUAAUGGAAAAACCACAAUGGGAGCACCCAAAACACAAAAUCCCAGCCAGCUUUCAAAGGCUUCACACCCUAGGACUGAACAUGUUAGGCUGUAUCUGCAGAGACUUAAAGGAACAUCCUCAGCCACAGAACAGGAUUGCUGCCCUAAAAAUAGGGGAUCUGAGGCAAGGUUGGGUCACCCAGAUGAUUUGGCUAUAUAGAAGUUGAAGCUAGACAAUAGACAGGUUGCACUUGUGGCAUCUAGCCAUUCCUUUGUAGUACAAUGAAGCCUUUCUCCCAGGAAGAAGGCGAGAACCAGGGAAGGCACCUUUUGGCUCCCUACGUGUAAGCCCAAAUAGAAAAGUAGACAUUAUCUCUAAAAUGCUGCAUUAGAAAGAGCCCUCAUUUUCAAGUAAAUCCUGGUUUGUGUACACUCCAGUGGAUAUUUCAGGCCCUGAUCAAGUGCAGUUCCCGUGAUAGGGCUCGUUGAGCUAUGAGCCUUCUCUCUAUCUAGUAAGAGACUUGUGGGGAGGUGGUUUUGUUUUGUUUUACAGUCUCUAAGAAAUUGCCUGUUUGUGUCUUCCCAGCAUCAUCUGCUAAUAGUUAGGCAGGUGCCUACAGAAAGGAUUUAAUUCUGCUCGCAUAAUGAUAUUAUGGGGUGUUGUCCAACCAGAUUCUUCCUGGGAGGCUUUCUGUAGAGUUACUUUCCUGAGCCAGUUUUAAACAUGUUUUUAAGAGAAGAGUCUUUGUUCUGCUAGAAAUGCUUGAAACUUCUGAAAUUUGACUACUGGUCCUGCCCUCUCGAGGCUCCCAGUUCCCAGCAUCUUAUGCAUGCUUCCCCUCAGCUUUCACUGCUGCUACCGAGAAUGGAAGGCACCCCAGUUUGUGGCAGCAGUUUGCCUUGCUCUUAAUCCCCCUUGACCCCGGCAGCCUCUCUUCCCUGCAUGAGGAUCCUUCACUUCUUGGUUUCUCAAAAGUUAUGCAGCAUUUCUGACAGAGUUGACUUGGGCAAUGGUAGGAAAACAAGAAAGAGACGUUUUAAACGUCUCACCCACUCCUUUUAGAAAAUACUUGAUUUUUUUUGUAAUGUCUUCAGAAGCUAGCAUUUUAGAAGGGGGUGGGGGUGUAUGCAUAAAUAAUUAGGAUUCUCUCGUGGCAAAUUUAUUCCUGGGUUUUGCCUCCUUGCCUUUCUGAGCUAUGAAUUAUUUAAGACAGGAUAUUGUCUGCACUGACAAGUAUACUGAUAUUGUUGAGUUUGUUUGACCUACGUAGCGUAUCUGAUAUAGAUUUUGGGAGAGUGACAUUCCUGAUUCUGGAUGGGGAAGCGAACUGCAUCCACAGCCUCCAAGUACCUCAAGUCUUCUAUGAAGAGUUUGUGCAGUCUUGUCCUCUCACCUCCAUAAUUCACCUGGGUUUCAGUGGUCCUGCCCCUUUCAGUCUUCGUGACUUGGUUAAGUAGAAUGAAUGUCCAAAAUGUCUACUGUCACCCCCCCCCCCCCCGCUUUACUGCCUGAGCUUGGGCUUGGCAGGGAAAUGUUGCUGAGCUGCUCCUCUCUUAGCUGAGGGGGCAUCUAUUUUGAGCACAUUUUAAGCCAGAACUGCACGAGAACUUGAAGGUCAUGGGGCUUGUGGGCAAGGACAGGGGUUCUGUCCAAAGACCCGUUCGUAGCUUUGCACACAUCUGACCUGGAGUCCAUUUUUGGUUCUGGCCCGCCUCCAUCUCUCUGCCCCAAGAAAGACAAUAGCACUGCCUGUCUGGCUGGACUUGACUGUUCAAGAGCGUUGACAUGAUUCCUUUGCAAACUGUUCUGUAAACAUACGUCUUCUACUCAGAUUAUUUAAGGAGAUCAUGUGCUCUAUGCACCAUUGCUCAGCAGCUCAAAAGAUGAAUGUACAAUUUUAAUUGAAAAAUAAAGUAGAUUUGUUCUGAUGUUAACCAAGCU